AGUAGCUCUCCAUCGAGCCUGAGCCUGGCUGAUCUCCAGCAGAUCCGACGCUCUCUCUGAGGCAACGACACCAGACAUGGCAGCACCAAUCACCCUCACCCCGCAGUCAGAGCGCAAUCAUCUCCGGCAUUACAGCCCCAGCCCUUGGGGUGAUUUCUUCCUCAACCAUGCCACAUGCACUGACUCCAUCACAGCUCCUGUCAAUGAAGGAGAGGGCACAGAUAAAGGAGGAGGAGGUGAGGAGGAUGAUACUGGAAAUCGCUGCCUCCUCCAACCUGGCUCAGAAGCUGGAGCUCGUUGACACUUUGAUAGGGGUGGACUACCACUACAAGAAGGAGAUUAAUGACCUACUUUGUUCUAUCUAUAAUGACGAGGAUGGAGGUUCCGAUGACCUCUACAUCACCUCAUUGAGGUUCUAUUUGCUUAGGAAGCAUGGAUAUACCAUCUCAGUGUGAUGCUAUAGUAUUUUUAUUGGGAGCAUACCAGGUGCAAACCAACCUCUCAAUGCAAACUAUGCAAACUUCAAUCUGGGCCACCAGAUCAACAUCCAAGGGGGGAACACAGGGCGAGUGAGAGGGGGGAUUUGCAAAAGUGUGAUUACCCAAUCCAAGGCGGACGGUUAAUUGUAAAUUACACAAUCUCUCCAUACUUCUUGGAUGUGGAUCCGGUGGCUCAGAUUUAAGUUUGCACGGUUUGCACGGAGAAGUUGGUUUGCACCUAAU